AUGGAAACUGCGCCACUCCCCGAUCUAUUGCCAUCAAUUCCUUCCGUCUCAACACCAAUUCCUACUCCUCAGGUUCAAAUUAACGCCGCAAAUGAUAUCCCUCAACAAUUGGUCGAGGAAAGUGAAUUAUUAUAUCUUCAACUACCCGAGGAUGUUAAACGUGUAUUAAAUAAAUUGCGAGUAAUCCAAUGCUCCGAAAAAUCGGUCAUUUUUGAUCAACAAAUGCCAAAUGGUGAAUGGCAGAGCCCUUUUGCCACCCUUGAAGCCGCCUUAAUGUCGAUCCUUUUAUUGACUCCGACAUUGUUGCUCUCCAAUUCUCUCAAAACCCCAUUUAAAGACGAUCAUAUAAUUGAUUAUGUUGAAGUCCCAACUUCCGAAAAAUUUACUCCGACAUCAUCAACAACCGAAUCGCCUUCCCAGUUUCCUAACCCUCUUGAAAAUAAAAGGUUCAACUUUUAUAAGAAUCAUAGAAAUAAUUCCUCAAGAUCUUCUUAUAUUUCUUCUGUAACUUUACACUCUGAUGUUUCUUUAAUAAGUGAUACCGAUGCGUCAGUUUCCUCUACUAAAAACUCUUCUUUAUGUAAAGUUUUAAGUGCUUCUUCUUUAUUCACUUACGUAAUCCGUUCUAUAUUGUCGAUGCAUAAUGAAGCUUUAAUAUCUUGUCUCAUAAGUAGAGAAAUGUUAGAUCAUUAUAAUACGUUAACUAGUCGCGUUUCUGAAGAAGUUGAAACCUUUUUGACUCAAAUACAUAGAAUAAAGUUUCAAGGAUGUGAGUCUCACGCUCAGAAUAUAUAUGAUAAAUUGUUAUCACAUUCAGAUCGACUUGUCGAUGCAUUAGAUUUGUUUGUGGAUUUUACUCACAAAUACCUUCCUGUUGUCUAUGAAGAACUUGGAAAAAAAGUCUUGAGUAGUCUCACGUCCAUUAAAAGAAGAUCUACGACAUCAUUAAAAAUAUUUUUACCAUCCGCGUCAGAGAGUAACAAUCGUUCCAGUAUAGAUAGAGAUAAUGGCACUACAUUAUCAAGGCGAACGAGUUCUGAAGCUAUUUCACAGCGAACUCGAAACCAACGAAAAAAGAGUGUUGGAUCGAUAAGUGAGAGCUCCAUAGGUUCCUAUAAAUCUUCCGCUUCAGUUUCUAUGACCUCAAACCAUUCGAGAAUAAGGAAAAUCUUAUUUUCAGAAGAUCCCAACUCGCGCAAACUUCAUCUUCCAUCUUUUCCACGUAAAUAUAACAGAAAAGAACCAAAUCAGGAACAUAAUGGUCAUUUUAGAAGUGAUAGUCCUUCGCAAAGUGUACCAAGUUCACCGGGUUAUUCUAUUAAAAGCAAUUCUCGGUUUAAAGAACAGUUAAAGGAUACCUCUUCAAAACUUCUUCCUGGUAUUUUAUAUGGUAAAGGCGCUUUUCGGAUGUCUCGAGCACUCCUCCCUUACGAAGGAAAAUCUUCAAAUGUAUCGGAAGCUUAUAAUUAUUGGCCCGUUACAGAAGAUGCAACAUUAAUUUCUGAUGAUUAUUUUCUUCAUCCAUCAAAUAAUUCCUCGAAAAUUUCUAGUAAAUCACCUUCAUUUAGUGAUAAAAAACAUAAAUUACACAAAACUAAAAGUUUUACCGAUCUAAGGAACUUAAAGAGAGUGUGGACGGACGCAGGCAAAACCAAUAAUGAAAGUGGUAAUUCUACAUCACACUAUUUGACUCCACAUAUUGAAGAUGAUGGAGAAAAUCCUAUAGAUGAUAAAGAACAGUUAUCCUCUGCAACUAAUUCAGAUGUAAACGAAAGUCAAAAACUUCGCGAACAACUUUUCCGAAAGAUUGUUACGAAAAAAAAAAGCUCGAAUAGUUUACACGCAAAAAAGAAGCCGAGUCUUAGUAAUUUGAUUAAGAUUCCUCAAGUAUUUACUCGUCUUAAUGAGGAAGUAAUUUCUAGUAAGUCGGAAAAUUUUCCAAAUCUGGAAGAUAAAUUGAAGGGAAUUGAUGAUCUUUACAAUGAUGAUCUUGUCACUGAAAUGACCGAUGGAAGUCCGCAAAUUCUUGCUGGGACAUUAGAUAAAUUGUUGACAAGAUUAGUUGAUGAACAAGAUGCGGAAUUUGUCGAUUGCUUCUUGCUCAAUCAUAUAUUUUUUAUGUCAUCCGAAUCGUUAUUAAAUUUCAUGAUUCAAAGAUAUCGUAAUGUUGCUUCACAAGACGACGUUUACCAUCGCCAUAAAACCAUAAUAUCUAUACUUGAUCGAUGGGUAACAAUCCAACCACAAGAUGUUCGAAUUGACGCAAAAUUACGCGAUAGUAUGCGUGCAUUUUUAACAGAUGUUGUUACGGAAAAGGAGUUUCUGUUGGAAGUCAGCAAGAUUAAAACCAUAUUAGAGCUACAGUCUCUGAUUUCGAUGGACAGAAUGAUGAAUCAAAAGAAAAUUCCGAUAAAUGAAUCCACUAUAGAGUCGAAUGAUAAUGAAAAUACCAACUCUAUCAACUCUAUCACCAAUUCUGAUAAUGUACCUCGACCAAUCUUAUUGGAUUCUUCUCCAUUAUUGGAAUUUGAAUCAAAGAAUAUAGCAAAAUAUUUAACAUUAAUGGAUUUUGCUAUAUUAAAAUCUAUAACAUUCUUUGAUGUUACGAUCUGGUGGAGAAAAAGGAAAGCACUCGAAAACGGCGUUAACCUUGAUGCCGUUCUCGGAGGAGAAUCUUCUAGCCAUAUUGAUAGUCAUUUAGAUGUUUUUACAAGAAGGAGCAAUAUGAUAAGUCAUUGGAUUGCGCAUGAAAUUUGUAAUUUAAGGACGGUUAAAGCGCGACGAAGCAUACUUCACAAGUUCAUUGAAACAGCACGAUAUUGUCGUGAAUAUAAUAACUUCCAUAUCGCCACAUGUAUUGCAUUGGCAUUGAAUUCCCGUCCGGUUCAACGGUUGAUAAAGACAUGGGAAUCUCUUUCACACCAAGAUAUAAUAACUUUUCAAAGUAUCGAAGAAUUAAUUGAUCCUUCAAGAAAUAUGAGAAAAUAUAGAAAAUCAUUGGCAAAUGCUAAGCCUCCCGUCAUACCGUUCUUAGCAAUCUUUCUUAAAGAUUUAACAUUUAUAAUUGAAGGAAGUUCAACAUACCUUUCUCCAAAUCAUUUAAGGAAUAAAUUAUCACUGCGCAUGCCUUCAACAUCAUCAAUACCAACAUAUCCCGAAUCAGGGGAAUCUUCACCUAUUACACCUACUUCUCCGUCAUUCUCUCAAAAUUCCUUUAAUCAACAACAAAAAUUUUCACCAUUAUCUUCGUCAACGUCGAACUUUAUACCAAUAUCACCAUUACCUUCACCGCUUCCAACGAUAUCACAACAACCAAUAAUUAAUUUUGAUAAAUUUAGGUUUUUAUCAAAGAAUAUUCUUAAUCUAAAACGGUAUACCUCCGAACCAUAUCCUUUCACCAACCAAUUAUCCGGACCCCCAAAAAUUUCGUUAAUAGAUCCUUCUAUUGAUAAUGGAGUCGGAGAGGGUAAUAGUAAUAAUAAUGGAGGUGGAAAUAAACUUACUCCUCUUGAUCAUAUUGGUGAAGUCAUAGAAAGAAGAAUGUUUGCUGCUGCUGGAAAUAUUUUUGGUGGCAACGUUUCUUCGAUUGCUAUGUUAGAUGGUGGUGAAUUGGAAGCCGAAUUAAUGGCUCUAAGUUUAGAAGCCGAGACUACGGGUAAUGUUAUAUAA